AUGGAUAACCGCAGCAAGCGGCCGCUCGAAACAGGAAGCCCAAACGGACUGGACUCGCUUUCGCGCUCUAUAAGCCCGCCCAGAACAAAGAAGCACAAGAGCGUGGACACGGUCUCUUCUCCAUUUCGUCUUACCUGGAUUCGAGAUCUUGACGAGGAGAGCAAUCAAGAUGCCAUUACGCUGACUGACUUGCUGGGCGAUCCGUUAAUCAGCGAGUGCUGGAACUUUAACUACCAGCACGAUAUACCUUUUUUAAUGGGCACUUUCGACCGUGAUAUCAGAGCUCAUGUCCAAGUUCAUGUUGUCCAUGGGUUUUGGAAGAGGGAAGAUGGAAACCGCCUCCGUCUGGUUGAACAAGCAGAGCACUUCCCUAAUGUAAAACUACACGUGGCACCUAUGCCGGAAAUGUUUGGCACCCAUCACUCUAAAAUGCUGAUAGUCUUCCGUCGAGACGACACGGCCCAGGUGAUUAUCCACACGGCCAACAUGAUAGCAAAAGAUUGGACCAACAUGACAAAUGCGGCGUGGAUAUCACCUAUUCUUCCAAAGUUGAACACGGCACCGAAAGAUUCACCACGGCCUGAAAACAUGACACCGGGCAGUGGACCUCGGUUCCAGUUUGACCUGCUCAGCUAUCUCACAUCAUACGACAGGAUGCGGCCAACUUGCACCGGGUUGGUGCAGAGCUUGAAGGUUUAUGACUUUUCUUCGGUCAAAGGAAGCCUAGUUGCGAGUGUUCCGGGUACACAUGAGGUGCACACGGAGGCUGGCGCAACGGCUUGGGGCUGGAGUGCUAUGGGCAAAUGCCUUGAGCAGAUACCGUGCCAGGCCGGGAAAUCAGAAGUGACUGUGCAAGUGUCUUCCAUAGCGACGUUGGGUGGCAACGAUGGAUGGCUACGCGGGACUCUAUUCAAGGCGCUAUCCAAGGGAAAGUCGGCGACGACGGCGGCGGCGGCACCGCAGUUCAAGGUGGUGUUCCCGACGGCGGAUGAGAUCCGAGCCUCGCUAGACGGGUAUGCAUCUGGGGGAUCCAUUCACACCAAGAUACAGAGCAAGCAGCAAGAGAUGCAGCUCAGGUAUCUGCGGCCAAUUUUCCAUUACUGGAUGGCAGAUGAUGCAUCAAAAGCUGCAAGCAGCUUUCGCGAUGCGGGCCGAGAUAGGGCAGCGCCGCAUAUAAAGACGUAUAUACGCACGAACGAGAAGAAUACGAUGGAUUGGGCCCUGGUCACGUCGGCAAACCUAUCGAAGCAAGCGUGGGGCGAGGCCGCCAAGCCGACAGGUCAGUUUCGCAUCGCAUCGUGGGAGAUUGGGGUUCUCGUGUGGCCAUCGCUGUUCAAAAAGGACGCGAUCAUGAAGGGAUGCUUCAAGAGCGAUGUGCCGGGGUCCGCAGAGGGGCACGGCGGUCAGCGGGGAGAGGCCGAGACGGUGGUGGGAUUCCGAAUGCCAUACAGCCUGCCCCUACGCAAGUAUAGUAGAGAGGCAAUGCCGUGGGUGGCAACCAUGUCGCACGAAAAGGAAGACUGUUUGGGACAGAGCUGGGCAGUAUAG